AUGAAGACCACCUAUUCGCUAGUCGGUCUCAGACGGUGGUCGUGUAAGAGCAAGGAAUUACCUGCCGUCCCCUCCAUCAAGGCUAUUCACGUCUACGACUUCGACAAUACUCUCUUCAACAGCCCCUUGCCAAACCCCCAGAUAUGGGCACAACCUACCGUCGGUCUGCUUCAAACAUAUGAGACUCUCGCCUACGGAGGGUGGUGGCACGAUAAUAGUAUCCUGGCAGCCACAGGAGAUGGUCUUGAGAUCGAGGAACCCCGCGCAUGGGAAGGUCACUGGAACGAGACUGUGGUCCAGCUCGUCGAACUGAGCAGCCAAACCAAGGAUGUCCUCACUGUAUUGCUGACCGGCAGGGGAGAGACGUAUUUCGCGGACCUGGUCAGCCGAAUUUGCAACUCACGGAAACUCGACUUCGACAUGGUCGUCCUCAAGCCCGAGGUAGGCCCCUCAGGCCAGCAAUUCGAGUCCACCAUGGGGUUCAAGCAGGAGUUCCUCAAAGAACUAGUCUUCAGCUAUAAGAAUGCUGACGAAAUAAGAAUCUAUGAGGAUCGUCCCAAGCACGUCAAAGGCUUCAGAGACUACUUUGAGCGCUUAAACAAGUCAUUCCUAUCGCAUCCUGUUGACCAACCACCGCCUCCUCGGAAGCCCAUCACGGCGGAGGUGAUUCACGUCUGUGAGCUGAAGACUACUCUGAACCCAGAGACCGAAGUCGAGGUCGUGCAGCGAGCCAUCACUCGUCACAACGAAGCAAUCUCCAACGGGGUUCCCACUGUGACAAAGACUGUCCGCAAGCAUCUGAAGAUCGACCAGCAGUUCUGCUAUUUCGGAUAUAUGAUCAACCAAACAGACUCUGCACGCCUCCUGACACUAUUUAAUAUCGCAGCGGGGAUGAUUGAUUCUGGCGAAGUCCGUCUUUUUGCGUCGAGUAUCCUCAUUACGCCUUACUACCCGCGGCAUGACAUUCUCAAGAAGGUUGGCGGGCGUGGCAAGAAAGUCACAUGGCAGGUUACGGGAAUCGCCAAAUACGAAGAUCGGAUCUGGGCUGCCCGCGUUGCACCAGUAACAGACACCCAAAUCUACACCCAGGAUCCCACACCUCUUGUUGUUCUGGCUGUCCGAAAGGGCUCCAGACAGAUCGACGCAGCCAGAAUACAGACCUGGCAAUCUGUCCCUCCGGACAAAGCCUUCAUGUUCGAAACCACGGUGGCCGACAAGGUCAUGUUGAAAAUCGAAGACGAUCACUCCCGAGUCCAGCGUGGGUCUGGAGGUAACCGGAGGGGACAUUUUGUCAAUGACUUUGAGGCAGGGCACAAGCGAAAAUAUGGUGGUGACGAGCCCAACUCGCGGAACAGAGACUCAUAUGCACGGGUCGCUGGUGGAAGCGACAGAGAUGAUGGUGGCUAUGUGCCAAGAGGAGGACGUUAUCAACAGCGCAACCAACAAAGCAAGGCCAACUUUAACAACCGUAACAAUCCAAACUCGUCUGGGAACAGGGGGAAUAAUCCAGCAAAUACCGGUCUGAAACAACGCGGUGGUGGCCAAGCUGGAGGCGGCUCAAACAGAGGCAGAAAUAACGGUCCUGCCGGUGGAGGCGGCGGCCGGGGAGCGCCGGCGUAUCGAAGUCUGGACGACUAUCCACCGGGAAACUUUGAUGGGGCCAUGGAUCCGAAGACCGGGUCAGGCGAGAUGGUCAUGAACUACUAG